UAGAGAGCACGGCCUUCAGGCUCAGUGAACUUGACAGGGAGGGAGCAGGUUGAGCUGACACCCUAACACAGCUAGCAGGUCUGCUUUCCUGUUAUCUGUCCUCCCUUGGUAACUAUUGAUCCCUUAACCACCCAGGAUGGCCAUCUUGUGGGAUGACAUGCGGUUCCUGUUUCUUCUGCCCCAUCACCUGCAAGAUAGGGGCUGAGGGUAUCUAGACUUCCCUUCUCUUGACCUAACUGUACUUCGUGGGUGGUUCACAUGCUCUGACGAUGCUCAGUUUUGAGGGUGAGCAAGGUGGCACUUAUCCUGGCACUCAUGCAAGAUAUAGGUACUGUCCCAGGAUUUGGGAAGCCUUCCCCAUCAGCUGGUUAUGGAGAGGUCCUCCCAAGUAGACACCCUACCCCCAGCCUCUGAACUUAGUCCCUUCUGGGAAUCACACAGAACUAGAGAGUUAACACUGUCAUGAGAGGCUGAAGCCCAGGCUCUCUCUGCCGUUCAGUGAGCUGCUUCUGCUCCUUGCUUCCCAGGGUUUCCAGAACCUUGUGAAUAAUCUGUGUCAGGCUUGUGCUGACCACGUGAGCCUUCACUUCCUCCCCUAUUGGGAUCUACCAAAGUGUUGGGCUUGCCCUGUCAUUCCGACUCUUUUUCCCUUUAAAGAGUCACCACUAGCUUCAUUCAGAAGUCAAAUUGGAUCCCAGACCACCCCGGGGGUCGGUCUGCAUUUCCCCGGCUAUUCUUUGGCUGUUGCCCAGCUGUGGCUUUACCCAGUUGUUCCCUCGGUUCCUAAUUGCUGGCGUGCCCUGGUUCUCCGUUAGCUCUGAUAACUGCUGUGGCACUGUAAAUAUCAGAUAAGCUGCAGAUUAUCCUGGAAGUUUUAAUUAGCCCAAUGGCAGCAAGUUUAUCCUCUCUGAAGGACAACGCCACGCACAGCCCAUAGUGCGUGAUCAGCUAGGAGCCAGGGAUGUAUAAUUUCCCUGCUAACCGCUGAUUUGGUAAAGGCCUGGGAGAACAAAGCCCUCAGCGGGUCUGUCUCCCUCCCUCAGGCCCCCAGCACGUUAGCAAAUUAGCCAUGUUAGGAGUCUGUAAUUUUCCAUAAAUAUAGUAUGGGAAGAAUUUUACUCGCUGAUCCACUGGGCUGGCUGCGGGGAGCAGGCUGGGUUUGCUAACAGUUCACCUCAGAGCAGAUUUCCUGGGCUCCUUUUCUGCCAUAGCCAGGAGGCAGUGUACAAUACUGGCUUAGAGAUUGCCCUGCGUUCCGGUCCCACGUCUGUCCUCAUUGCAGGCCCUAUGAUUUGGGGCAGGGGUCUUGACCUCACCAGUCUCCGUUUGCUCUUGUGGGGACUGUGGCCUCAGAUGGUUUUGACAGUGAAAUGAGACAGGUGCUUACCCCAGUGCCCAGGGCUCAGGCAAAGUUGGCCAACUUUUUUAUUAUCAGCUCCUUUUCUGCCUAAUGAAGAUACCCUGCAACAGGCCAGGUGACUGGGAACCUACAAAGGUUUGGGAGGGGGUCUCGUGUCACCUUUCAGAUAAGCAUCUGAUGCCCUUCCCAUGCAGAAAUGGGUUGUGUUCAGAGCCCCCCCGAUGGUCUGGCCCCAGGCCCAGCUGCGGGUGAGAAGAUGGGCCACCUGAACUCUGCCUGACCUCCUCAGGUUCCCCUUUCUCUCUUCAGUCCCCAUGGGAUUAGAGAGGAAUGGAAUUUUUGUGUUGUUUUAUAUACAAUUUAAGUUUGAGGAUAUUUAAAGAGCUCUUUGUAAACUGUCCCCAGAAUGCUAUCCUGCCUCGGCUUCUAAGCCCAGACUCUUGUGAUGUGAUUCCCUGUAAUGAUAGCAAUUCCACAGUGCUGGAGUAGCCCUGGGCCAUGCACACAUGCUCCUUGCUGUCAGUAUCUCAUUUGAAUUUCUCAACAAACCUUCUUAAGUAGCAAGACACACAUCAUCUCUGUCUUGCGGAUGAGCAAACUGAGAAUCCAAGAGUCCGUGAGCGACCCAACGUCUCACAAAUUCUGCCACCCAGUUGGUUUCUCUCCCCAGUCCUCACUGGUACAAAGCCUUCAUUUGGCCAUCCCAAGAACAGGGCAAAGGAGGGGCCUGCACAGUCCUCUGGCGAGGCUCCUUCCAGCCCCUUUCCUCAUCAGUGGAGAGCGGAAAGAGAGUUCUUUUGUUGCUCAUGUGUAUUUUUCAUAGUUAAUAUUUAUUUUAAUUGAAGUAAUACAUGCCCAUGUUAUUAAACAAUGUCAAGUCGAGCCAAAAGGCAUAGAACGAAAUAUAGCAGUUCUCGGGUGUGGGUACCCCUCCCCAGAGGCAACGGCUCUCUUCCAGUGUUUGCUUCCAUAUUUGUAAAUAAUAUGCUUAGACCGCUUUUUCUUGAUUCAUCCGUUUUCAACUGUAUCUAUUGAGACUUCUCAUGCUGGUAGAUGAGGCUUUUGUCUCUUCUCCCCCCAACCCCCCAACUUCCUCUGUGGCUUCGGAGGGAGAGCAGAGUCCUCUGCAGCAUCUGCCAGAUGUGAAAGAACCAUUUGCUGAGAGACAGGCCCAGAGUUACGAGAAUCAGGAAGCCAGCCCGUGAUUCUCGCACGGCUGGCACAAUGGCACUGGGCUCCCCGUUAGCCCCCGUCCACAUUCCUCUCGGGGGUCUGGCCCCGUUAAGGGGCCUGGUGGAUGCCCCGCCCUCUGCUCUUCGUGGAUCUCAAAGCGUGAGCCUGGGGAGCUCGGUGGAGUCUGGUCAGCAUGGAGAACUCUCAAUGGAGCCUUCACAGGGUCUCAAGACUUCUGCGUAUACAAAGGGCCUCCUGGGCUCCAUCCAUGAGGACAAGAAUGCUCUCAGCCUCUUGGCUUUAGGAGAGGAGACCAAUGAGGAGGAUGAGGUGGAGAGUGACAACCAGAGUGUCCGAAGCUCAAGUGAGCUUCUUAAGAACCUGCACCUGGACAUCGGGGCACUGGGGGGUGACUUCGAGUAUGAGGAAUCUCCAAGAACAAGCCAGCCAGAGGAGAAGAAGGACACUUCUCUGGAUUCCGAUGCUGCCAGCCCCACUACUCCUGGCAAGCUCUUCAGCCGAGGUGCAGAUAGCAGCCUGAGCAGUGCCGAUGGCCAAGGGCAACAGGGAAAAGGGGCAAGUUGGCUCCCAGAAAAAGAAAAGAAUGAGAAGAAUGAUCCCGGGAUGUCCAGGAGUGUGGCGGACGCCGGGGGCGACCCCGCGGGCCAUCAGCCUGCCAAAGCCAAUAAAAAAGAGGCACCAGAGGACCCGGUGGAUGCAAGAGAGGAGGGUUCCCUGCAGGAAGAGGCAGCAAAGGAGCCAAAGAAGGAGGCUUCCGUCCCAAAAGAGAGCAGAUCAGAGGCGAGCGAAGAGUCAGAGAUCAGUGAACACAUGAAGGAACUACAGCCCUCAGACUCCACUGCUUCUGACCCCAAGUCCUUUCUUGGCCUGGACUUCGGUGUCCACAGCCGGAUCUCGGAGCACCUGCUGGAUGUGGACAUGCUCUCCUCUGUCCUGGAUGGAGCCCGCUGGGAGGCCCAGAGGUUGGGGAGAGAAGACAAGGAUGCCAGCCAGUCCAGCCAAGAUGAGCUGCAGAGCAAGAAGUCCAGAGGCUCGGAGAGGUUAUCUCCUCCUCUUCUGCAUGGGGAGCGGCUCCAGAGUCCCCUUCACAGCCAGGCCACGGAUGAAGGGCCCCCGCAGCCCCUGGAGGAGCAGCUGGAACAGAAGGGGGCAGAGGAGCCUGGGGAGGGCUCUGCAGGCAGCCGCACGCCCCCUGGUUCCCUGCAGAGAGAGAAGAGGGCAUGCCAUGCCGGGUGGGGCCACGUGGGGAAGGACCAGAGUUGGCCAGGAGGCCGAAGAGGCGAGAAGGAAGAGCGUAACCCAGAGCCUUUAUUGGGGUUUUCGUGGGAAGCAAUGGGCGAGACAGGGCGAUCUACAGAGCCUGCGGCUCCCCCAGAGCAGCUCUCAGAGGCUGCACUGAAGGCCUCGGAAGAGGCGGUGUCCCAAGGACUUGAGCAAGAGCAGAGGUGGCUCCUGGAGUCCAAGCGAGAGAAGAUGCCGCGGCUGCAGGAGAAGCUGUGGCAGGAGGAGGAGGCGGUGGAGACCCUGCAGCUUCACCGGCAGAAAGAGAAGGCGCUCAGUUCCCUGACGGAGCAGCUGCAGAGAGCCACCGAGGAAGAGGAGAGCCUGGUGAGAGAGCAGGAGGGCCAGAGUCUGUCCCGGCUCUGCGGCCAGGUGCAGUGCAGCGUGGAAGCGGAUGAGGACCAUAUCAGGGCCGAGCACGAGGCUUCCCUGCAGAGGCUGCGAGAAGAGCUGGAGUCUCUACAGAAGGCUGAGAGGGCCAGCUUGGAAGAGAGAAACAGGCAGACGCUGGAGCGUCUCAGGGAAGACAUGGAGGCUUCGGAGAAGAGAGAGCAGGCCGCCCUGAACACGGAGAAGGAGAAGGCCUUGCAGCAGCUGAGGGAGCAGCUGGAAGGGGAGAGGAAAGACGCGGUGGCAGCGCUGGAGAGGGAGCACAGAGAGGAGCUGGAGCGGCUCUCUUCCUCGCUGGAGGCCAAGCACAGGGAGGUGGUCUCCAGCCUCCAGAAGAAGAUGGAGGAAGCUCAUCAGAAAGAGGAGGCCCAGCUGCAGGAGAGCCUUGGGCGGGCGGAGCAGAGAGCUCAUCAGAAAGCUUACCACGUUCUCGAGUACGAGCAAGAGCUCAGUGGCCUCCUGAGAGAGAAGCGCCAGGAGGUGGAGAGGGAACACGAGAGGAAGAUGGACAAGAUGAAGGAGGAGCAUCAGCAAGUGGUGGCUGAGGCCAGGGAGCAGUAUGAAGCCGAGGAGAGGAAGCAGCGGGCCGAACUUCUGGGGCACCUGACGGGAGAGUUGGAGCGCCUGCGCAGGGCCCACGAGCGGGAGUUGGAGACAGUGAGGCAGGAGCAGGACCGGCAGCUCGAGGACCUGCGGCGGCGGCCCCGGGAGCAGGAAAGGAAACUCCAAGAUUUAGAGGUGGAGCUUGAAACCAGAACCAAGGAUGUCAAGGCCAGAUUGGCUCAGCUGGAUGUCCAGGAGGAGGCCGCCCGGAAGGAGAAGCAGCAGCUCCUCGAUGUGCAGAGGCAGUUUGCGUUGGAGCGCGAGGAAGCCGCAGCCACCCGUCAGCACCUGGAGGAGGCAAAGAAGGAGCACAGCCACCUGCUGGAGUCAAACCGGCAGCUCCGAAGAAUCCUCGAGGAGCUUCAGGCCCGCAAGUUGGAGCUGGAGUCCCAGGUGGAUUUGCUGCAGACCCAGAGUCAGAGGCUGCAGAAGCAUGUCAGGUGUGACCUGGAGGCCAAAGCUCAGAGGAAGCAGGACUUGCUGAAAGAGCUGGCGGUAGAAGAGAGUAACGCUUCCCCACGUUUUGAGCCUGAUCUCCACAUUGAGGACCUGAGGAAAUCCCUUGGGACGAACCAGACUAAAGAGGUAUCCUUUUCCCUCUCCCAGAGCAAGGAGGAGACCGACUUGUCCUUGGACAGCGCCCGGCACUACCUCUCUGCCGAGGGGGUAGCUCUCCGCAGCGCCAAGGAGUUCCUGGUCCGGCAGACGCGCUCCAUGCGGAGGCGGCAGACAGCUCUGAAGGCUGCCCAGCAGCACUGGCGCCACGAGCUGGCCAGCGCUCAGGAGGCGGCCAAGGACCCGCCAGGCACCAAGGCCCUGGAGGACAUGUGCAAGGACCUGGAGGAGGAGACCAGGCACCUGGAUGAGAUGACGUCAGCCAUGCGGAAAGGCCACGACCCGCUGAAGAAAAAGGAGGAGAAGCUGCAUCAGCUGGAGUCUUCUCUCUGGGACGAGGCUUCAGGUGAAGACACUCUGAGAGGACCCCCCACCAAGAAGGUGGUGACCUUUGACCUCAGCGACCUGGAAGACGGGAGCAGUGACAGUUCCGAAUCCUGCGCCCUGCCUCACAUCGGCCCGACCCCGAGUCCCACUUUCCCCAACAAGAUCCACUACCUGAGCAGCUCCCUGCAGCGGAUCAGCGGCCAGCUCAACGGUGUCCUCAGCGUGCUGGGCAGCCUUAACACCCAGCCUCCGCCGCUUUUCGCCUCCACACCCUCACCGCUCCCCACCCAGGCCUCCAGGAGCACCCCCGCUCCCUCCUACCCCUCCCUGGUGCGGGUCUCAGCCUCAUCCCCGGCUCCACCCACGUCCACCCAGUGGGCCUGGGACCCAGAGCUGGGCCCCCGGCUCUCCUCCUCCGUGGCUCAGACUGUGGACGACUUCCUGGUGGAGAAGUGGCGCAAGUAUUUUCCAACUGGCAUCCCGUUCCUCAGCAGUGGCCCUGCCCCCCUGGAAAACAGGCUGGGGUAUGUGUCUGCCAGUGAGCAGCUCCGCCUCCUGCAGCGUCCCCCCUCCCAAGUCCCCGAGGCGGGCAGCACCAACUUCCAGGACAUGAUCGAGGCUCACCGCAAGUGGCUGGAACAUUACAAGAAUGACCCCAAGUUACAUCUCUUCUCUUCGGUGCCCAAGCCAACGGCUGGUUCCGGUCUCCUGCAGCUGGGCCUGGAUGAGAACAACAGACUGAAGGUGUAUCGCUACUGAGUCCCUGAGCCGGCAGGCAGCCUGGCCUCUCCUGCGUCCAGACCAAGUGUCCGAGUUGCUGCCUGCACUUCACUCCCUCUGAUGAUAAAGCGUUCUCCUGUCCCCUCUUUGCUGCUUGCCUCACUCAGAACCUAGAGGAACCACGGGGAACUGGUGGCAUUGGCGGGGGUGGGGUGGGGGGAAGGAUGGUAUGACCAGAAACAGUAAGCCACCGCCCCAGACCGUGUAACGCAUCUCGGGCUGCCCUGUGUGACUCCUGCUGACUGGCAGCACUGACGUGGGGCAGCGGAGACAGGGGCACCUUCGCGAGAAGGUGGCACUGGAGGAGCUGCCUCCUUCCGAGGCCAGGGGACUCCUUUGGAGCGGAGUUGGCCUCUCGGACCUGCAGGGCCUGCUUGGCACUCCCAGGGUCACGUGUGUGGCCCUUAAUUCGCCAGAACAAAGCCCCCCCACAGCGUGUCUGUACCCUGGGACCAGGCCCCGUCUCUCUAAUACCUCAGCCGUGUAGAGAUCAGACUUUUUUAAUGUCCCCUUUCUUGAGUGUUCUCCCUCCUUUUGACUCUCUCAGUAUUGGGCCCAGAGCCCUGCGGGAGGUGGCUGGAGGCUGGGCUCGGAAGUUUUGCUGCCUGUCUUCCCUCUGCUGGCCCUGGGGCUGACCUCAGGAGCACCCCCACUUCCCCUUGCCCAGAGCAUCCCAGCUAGAUUCUCAGGGCUCAAGUACCCAACUAUCAGGAAGCCAACAAGCCAUAGGAAAAGUCUGGGAUGGCUCUGGUCCUCACCUUGGCUUUCUCUUCCCGGACCACCUUGGGUCUACACGUGGGUCAUUUCUAUCUGUCUUUUCCAGCUGUGCCACCGCCCACCCCAUCCCCCUGCAGCCCCUCCUCAGAGCUUGGAGACUUGUUCUGGAGGAGGUGAGGGGCCUGGCCUUGGCAGGGAGGGACCAAGUGCCAGUGGGAGCUGCUGCCAUUCUGGCACGGCAUCCUGCAGCCCCACCUCCCAUCAGUGGGCUCCUCGGGGGGACAUGCAGGGGAUGUUCAAUGUCUGCCCCAUUGUUUAAAUACAAUGCCCCCAUUUUCCUUGUCUUGAAAGCCGUGGGGUUGCCCUUGCAUCUCCAGUGCGUAGAAACCAACUCUCCACCAUCCCACCCUUGUUCCUCCGUCAUGGGGUAAGAACCUAAGACCUCAUACAUUACGACCAACUCUGGUGACAAUCCUGUGUUUUUUACGUCAAUUAAAUCGCUGCAGGUCCAGUUGCUACAAGG